AUGCCGCGGGGGGCUUUCGCUGGACCACGGCUGCAGGAAGCCGGCAAACGGCGACGCGCCGUCCCGCGCGGGCGGCGCCGCCGGCGUCGGCAGCUGCGGCGCCGCAGCCUCCGCCCGCGCACCCGCUGCGCCAUUCAAGUCAACCUGCGCCUCUCGGCGCUCGCUUUGCUGCUGCUGUUGCUGCUGCUGCUGCUGCUGCUGCUGCUGCUGAUGAUGAUGAUGAUGAUGAUGCUGUUGCUGCUGCUGGUGAUGCUGCUGCUCCUGAUCCGGCUGCUGCUGCUGCUCCUGAUGCGGCUGCUGCUGCUGCUCCUGAUCCGGCUGCUGCUCCUGCUGCUGCUGCCCAACCGGCUGCUGCAGGUGACUGCUACCUGGCUGUUCGUCUUCCUGCCCCUGCUGCGCCUUGCUCAGCUGCGCCUGCUCCUGCUGCACCUCCUGCUCAGGGCCUAG